AUUAGUAUUGCAGUCAACUUAGAAUUUUUUUUUUUAGUUCAAUUAAUCUUUUUCUGGCAAGGUCUAGCUGAGCUGAAUCUGAUCCCGGUGAAAAUCUGGGCUCAAUCUCAUAGACCUUGACCACUUCUAGAAACAUUGUUCUAAAAAAAUUAUAAAAAAAAGUAGAAAGAAAAUACAAAAAAUGGUUCUUGGACCAAUGGCAUCGAAGCUCAAUUUGGUCCUCUUUAUGAUUUCUUUCUGCAUGCUGGUUCCAAGCUUGAAGGCUGAGACAGCAAAUGACACCCUCAACAUUGCUAACUUCGAUGCCGUAUGGCAGGAACGAGCCAUGAAAGCUCAGAAGGCAGCCCUCAAGGCCUACCAACCCAACCCGGAACAAGUCACCGAGGACUUCAACGAAAGCGUUGAACAGACCGUCGUUGAGGAGGACCUUGAAGAUGAUCAGUCUGCCGGUAACAGCACAAGGAGGAAUCUGAGAGGAAAACAUUACAAGGGCCCUUGCAAGGCCACAAACCCGAUCGACCGCUGCUGGCGGUGCCGGGCCAACUGGGCUAACAACCGCAAGAAGCUGGCCAGCUGCGUGAAAGGCUUUGGCCGCAAGACGCGCGGAGGCAAGAAAGGGGCUUACUACAUUGUCACCGACUCUUCGGACGACAAUGUCCAUGACCCUAAGCCCGGAACCCUACGGCACGCCGUGAUCCAAACGCAACCGUUGUGGAUCAUAUUUGCACGCAGCAUGGUCAUCAGGCUGAGCCAAGAGCUCAUAGUAACGAGCCACAAGACAAUUGACGCACGAGGGGCAAAUGUGCACAUUGCUCAUGGCGCAGGGAUCACACUCCAGUUCGUUCAGAACGUGAUUAUUCAUGGCCUCCGCAUCCACGACACCGUACCAGGCAGCGGUGGUAUGAUCAGGGACUCCCUGAGUCACAUCGGGAUUCGCACACAGAGUGACGGAGAUGGUAUCUCCAUUUACGGGUCGUCUAACAUUUGGCUCGACCAUCUUUCUAUGUGGAAUUGCGCGGAUGGGCUCAUCGACGCCAUUCAAGGGUCUACUGCUAUUACCAUAUCCAACUGCCACUUCACCCAUCACAACGACGUGAUGCUUUUCGGGGCUAGCGAUGCGUUUGCAGGGGAUGCAAUCAUGCAAAUAACGGUUGCGUUUAACCAUUUCGGCAAGGGAUUGAUACAGAGAAUGCCAAGAUGCAGAUGGGGAUUUGUCCAUGUCGUGAACAAUGACUACACACAUUGGAUCAUGUAUGCCAUCGGAGGAAGCUCUCACCCCACAAUUAUCAGCCAGGGCAACCGAUUCAUCGCCCCACCAAACCAGGCUGCAAAAGAAGUGACGAAGAGAGACUAUGCACCGGAGAGCGUGUGGAAGAGCUGGCAAUGGAGAUCAGAAGGAGAUCUUAUGAUGAAUGGAGCAUUCUUUGUUCAGUCUGGAGUGCCGAACAAGAAGCAUGGAUUUGGCAAGUUAGACAUGAUCAAAGCAAAACCAGGCACAUUCGUCAGAAGGCUCACACGCUUUGCAGGUCUCAACUGCAAGGUUGGCAAGAAGUGCUAGAACAAAAAUAGAAGAGCUAACUAUAAUCAAUAGCGAUCAAAUGGAUAGGCGGCUGGCCGAUGCCGGGAGGUGAAGUGUGACAAAUGAAGAGGAAGAAGCGGCAGUGAUGUGCGGAGAAAUGUGGAUAUAGAUUCUAUACUUGAUUGUUUUUAUUUGUGUUUAUGUAUUAACAAAUCCAAGGGUUAUAUUGUAGUAAUAUUUACACCCUAAGCAAAUAAUGCCAGUACAAACGGCGGUUUUUAAUUUUGAGAA